AUGGCAGCGGAGGAGGGGGGCAGUGCAGCUCAUUCACAGCAGAAUGGCACCGCCAAGCUCACUCUAGCGCAGAAGAAGAAACUCAAGGCCAAGCAGCGCAAGCAGAACAAGAAGGCCGAAAAGGAGGCAGUCGCCGCCGCGCAGGCAGUCCAGGUCCAGGAGAAAACAGCCAAGCCCUCCAAGGCCCAGGACGACGAGGAUGAGGAGGCGGUGGAGAUAGAGUAUGUGUCGGCGCCACUGGAGUUUGAUUUUGUGGUGGGAGGAGGCGCUGCGCCCACUGGCGAUGCGGAAAUGGCGGAGGCCGGCGUGCUGGGGCUUGGGGCGGAGGCGCCAGGUGGCGAACCAGCCGGCCAGGAGGCGGGUGCGACACGGGACGAUGGGGAGGAUGGCGACAGCGAAGGGGAGGAGACCGGCAUGUCCAAGAAGAAGCGCAAGUUGGCCAGCCGUUUGAAGAUUGCGGAGCUGAAGCAGGCUUGCGAGCGGCCAGAUGUGGUUGAGAUAUGGGAUGUGACAGCCAUGGACCCCAAGCUGCUGGUUUACCUGAAGGCAUAUCGCAACACAGUGACCAUCCCACGCCACUGGAGCCAGAAGCGCAAGUACCUGCAGGGCAAACGCGGUCUGGAGAAGCCUCCUUUCAAGUUGCCCGAGUUCAUCGAGGCCACAGGCAUUGGCGAGAUGCGGCAGGCGUACCUGGAGAAGGCCGAGAGCCAGAAGAUGAAGCAAAAGGCCCGCGAGCGCAUGCAGCCCAAAAUGGGCAAGCUGGAUAUCGACUACCAGGUGCUGCACGACGCCUUUUUCAAGUACCAGACCAAGCCCAAGCUUACAGGGCCCGGCGAGAUGUACUACGAGGGCAAGGAGUUUGAGGCCGCCAUCACGCACGCACGGCCAGGCGUGUUGAGCCCCGAGCUGCAAAACGCCCUGGGCAUGACCGAGGGCGCACCGCCACCCUGGCUGGUCAACAUGCAGCGGUAUGGCCCGCCCCCUAGCUAUCCAUCCCUCAAGGUCCCUGGCUUGAAUGCCCCCAUCCCACCCGGCGCGCAGUUUGGGUACCAUCAAGGCGGCUGGGGCAAGCCCCCGGUGGACGAGUUCGGGCGGCCGAUCUAUGGCGAUGUGUUUGGGAUGGAGAACGAGGAGGCAGUGGACAAGGUUGUGCGUUGGGGUGAGCUGGAGUCGGAGGAGGAGGAGAGCGAGGAGGAAGAGGAGGAGGAAGAGGAGGAGGAGGAGGACCGGGACGAGACAGAAAGCUUGGCUGACGGGUACGCCAGCGUUGCCAGCGGGUUUGCCUCAAGCCUGCCCAGUGGUAUUGAGACGCCCUCAGAGAUUGACCUGCGCAAGACGAGCGAGGGUCCCAAGCAGCUGUACACAGUGCUGGAGCAGCAGAAGGCCAGCGUGGGCGCCGGCGCGCUCAUGGGCAGCGACCACACGUACGUUGUUCCUGGCGCUGGUGGCAGCAAGGAGAAGAUGUCCAUUGCAGCGCAGGCAAGUUUGCUUGGGAAAGGCGCCAGCAAGCGGCUGGAGGCGCUACGGCGGGAUAUGCCCAGCGAUGUCGAUGUCUCCAUCGACCCCGCGGAACUGGAGGGGCUGGACGAUGCGGCGCUGCGGGACCUUUACGAGAUGCGUGCGGCAGAGCAGCGAGCAGCGGCUGGCCGUGAAGACUUCUCAGAUAUGGUGGCCGCCAAGGCAGCGCAGCAGAAGCGCAAGGCUACUGAGAAAUCUGGUGGCGAGGCCAAAAAGUUCAAGUUCUGAUGGCGAUGAAAAUGCUGUGGUGUGUGUGCUUGGAAGAGACACUCUGCUACCUACACCGUGUACACGCUGGACCUUCCUGCCACCUCCCCGCUGUAUUGGUGUCACCUUGGCCAUUGUGUAAGAGGAUGCUAAGUC